AUGGGAAAACACAACAGUAAGCUGGCCCCCGAGAUGCUGGACGACCUGGUGAGAAGCACAGAGUUCAGUGAGCAAGAGCUAAAGCAGUGGUACAAGGGCUUCCUGAAGGACUGUCCCACCGGUAUCCUCAACCUGGAUGAAUUCCAGCAGCUCUACAUCAAGUUUUUCCCCUAUGGAGAUGCUUCCAAGUUUGCCCAGCACGCCUUCCGCACAUUUGAUAAGAAUGGCGAUGGGACGAUCGACUUCCGGGAGUUUAUCUGUGCCCUGUCCGUCACCUCCAGGGGAAGCUUUGAGCAGAAGCUGAACUGGGCCUUUGAGAUGUAUGACCUAGAUGGAGACGGGAAGAUAACCCGCUUGGAGAUGCUAGAAAUAAUUGAGGCCAUUUACAAGAUGGUGGGGACGGUCAUCAUGAUGAGAAUGAACCAGGACGGGCUGACGCCCCAGCAGCGGGUUGACAAGAUCUUCACCAAGAUGGACAAGGACAAGGAUGACCAGAUCACCCUGGAGGAGUUCAAGGAAGCUGCCAAGAGCGACCCCUCUAUUGUCCUCCUCCUGCAGUGUGACAUGCAGAAAUAG